AUGAUGCCUGCGAUGCCCCCUGACCUGCUGGGAUUGCACCUCGCGGGUCGCGGGGCGUGUUCCGAGCGUGGUUGCGAGGCGUCCGCCGCGUACAGACAUCCUGUCGGCACGCCGCGCGGCGUCGUGACGCGGUACUACUGCGUCGGGCACGGCGCUCCGUGGAUGAAGCGCCUCCACUCGACCGGGGACGUCGAGGAGUUCGACAAGCGGCCCAAGACUUCGGCGCUGCACCUGCUCUUCACGAUCCUGCGCGACAGGGUCUCGACUUAUCAGAUCGCCGCGCUCGAUUCCGCCGGCGUGCAUGAUCGGCAGGGGUAUCACGAGGACCUCGUGCUGUUCAGCGAGAACGCGACGGUUCAGGUCGGGCUGGACGAACAUCAGAACGACACGCACUUACAUCUCCCAGAAGCGUUUCGGGAUGACGAUCUGGCCCAGAAAUGGGACCGUAAGUCCGGGGGCCUGCCCAUCCGUGUCAUCCACAUCAACCUCGACGAGAUGGAGAUCGGCAGGCACUUCAGCCACCAGUACAGGCUGUACUGCGCUGCCGCUGCCAUCGUCGAGGCCUUGGAGACGAAGUCUCUCCCCAGCGACCGGCGGUACAGCGACGGCACGAUUCGGUCCACGCGCUACAUGUUUUACGGCGUGCCCGCCUUGAACGUGAACGCGGGAUUUAUGACGGAGUUCGCCGGCACGCAGUGGGCGAAGCAGGGGUCCAAUGCGGACAACCUCCAGGCCAUGGAGGACCACGCGCGGAGGACCCCGGCGCUCGCUGAUACGGCCGGGUUCUUCAGGUGGCUCCGUCUCCGCGUCAGCGACACCGGCGGUGCUACGGCGCAGCAGUUCCAGCAGCUGAUCCCGGACUGGGUGGUUCGGGACGUGCACAACAACGCGGAAGCGCAGGCGAGCCUGCGCUACGAGCCGUUCCCGCCGCGCGGGCCACCGGCUGCCUGA